AACCGUUAGCCACAAAAGGGAGGCCGCAAAACGCGGCGGUUUGGCACCAAAAAAGGCAAAACCGUGACGCAAUCGGGGCCUCAAACCGGACCUUGAGCCGGUUUUGGGGCCAAAUUCCCGUUUUUCGGGAUUUUUUUUUUUUGUUUGUUUUAUUGGGGGCUAAUUCCGGUUUCACCGCCCACUUCCGGCGGUGCCCCCUCCUUUCCGUUCCCCCCGCGCUCACUUCCGGUCGCACCCGCUCCGUGCCGGCCCCGCGCCCACCCCCGGCCGGACGAUGCCCAAGCCCCUCCGGCCGCGUCCGGCCGAGCGCGUCCGGCAGCGUUUCCGGCGGCUGCGGCGCGCGGCGCGGGCGCUGGUGCUGGAGAACGCCGCGCUCUGCGACGAGCUGGCGCGGCUCGAGGCCAAGUGGACGCUGGCCCGCGGCCAGCGGCGAUUCCUGCUCGGACGCCUGCUCGGACACCGCGCCGCCGCCGCCGCCGCGGCCGGAGAGGCGGCCGGAGAGGCGGCCAAGCGGCCGCGGAGAGCCAGGGCGGCCGCGGCCAGGGGGAGGGGCGGGAGGGGCGGCGGGAGGGAUGACCAGUGGUCAGCGGGCUCGAAGGAUGACCAGUGGUCAGCGGGGUCGAAGGAUGACCAGUGGUCAGCGGGCUCGAAGGAUGACCAGUGGUCAGCUGGAGGAAGAGCUGGGGUGAAGGAUGACCAGUGGUCAGCGGGCUCGAAGGAUGACCAGUGGUCAGUGAGGGUGAAGGAGGAGCAGUGGUCAGCGGGGUCGAAGGAUGACCAGUGGUCAGCGGAGCCCAAGGAUGACCAGUGGUCAGCGGGCUCGAAGGAUGACCACUGGUCAGUGACGGUGAAGGAGGAGCAGUGGUCAGCGGAGUCGAAGGAUGACCAGUGGUCAGCGGGGCCCAAGGAUGACCAGUGGUCAGUGAGAGUGAAGGAGGAGCAGUGGUCAGCGGGGUCGAAGGAUGACCAGUGGUCAGCGGGGCCCAAGGAUGACCAGUGGUCAGUGACGGUGAAGGAAGAGCAGUGGUCAGCGGAGUCGAAGGAUGACCAGUGGUCAGCGGGGCCCAAGGAUGACCAGUGGUCAGCGGCGGUGAAGGAGGAGCAGUGGUCAGUGGAGGUGAAGGAGGAGCAGUGGUCAGUGGGCUCGAAGGAUGACCAGUGGUCAGCGGGAUUGAGAGAUGACCAGUGGUCAAGAGCAGCUGGCUCAAGAGAUGACCAGUGGUCAGCAGGAGGAAGACCCGGCCCGAGCAAUGACCAGUGGUCAGCGGGCUCGAGGGGUGACCGCUGGUCAAGCGGACGAGCAGCGUCCGGCUCUCGGCCGCGCCACGCCGCCACGCCCGUGUCCGGCGGGCUCCGGCCACCGGACGAAGCUCGAGGUGACCGCAGGCCCAACGGAGGCGCCGCUGACCGCUCGGCCGCUGUCCGGCCGGAGGAGGAGGAGGAGGAGGAGGACGAUGACCACGAUGACCGCGAUGACCACGAGGAGGACGAGGAGGACGAGGAUGAGGACGACGAGGACGAAGGCUCCGCUCCGGCCUUCGGCUACUCCGGCCUCUUCCUGGGCAGUCCGGCCGGCUCGGACGAGUGACCGCCAAUAAAUGACCGCGGCCGCGGCGGCCGGAGGGGUUUUGGUCACUCCA